AUGAAUCUCAAGACUGUUACCAUCCUCCUCGGCCUAUGCGAGAUACUCCUCGCCGUCCCCAUCCAAGGCUCCCCGAAAGAUAAACGCCAGAGUUUCGAAGACUUUGAUUUCGGUGAUCUGGCGAAUACAGGUUCUUCCGGCACCACCACAGGCUCAAACACCAAUCCGUUUGGGUCGCUGUUGGCUGGCAUCGUUCCGUCCACGAGCGGCUCAGGCUCCUCAACCGGCACUGGGAAUAUGAUUUUCCUAACUGGAAGUUUGACCUCUGACUCUCAAACGGGUAAUGACGAAACGAACCAAGGACUGUCUGGUUCUGGCGAUCUUUCCCAGGGCGGAGAGGGUGGCCAAGACGCCGAUGAGGGUGACAGCCCAGAAGACGAGACGGUUGCUUGA